UGGGCCCUCCUCGGCUUCCGUCCCAGAUGAUCCCACCCCGAAGCUGCCACCGCCUCCUCAAUCUCCGGGAGCUGGAGCCGCCUCCUCGGCCAGUGGCGUAGCCGAGUCGCUGUCGCGUCCAGGCAGAUAGGGGCGGCGGUCCGGAGCCCAGUGUGGACCCGAGCGGGGGGCCAUGGAGAAAGCGGCCCGAGGCAUUCUCGUUACCGAUUAGAGCGGGCCUGUUGCGGCUGCUGGCGCCAUGGACCGAGCCCCCACCGACCAGAAUGUCAAGCUGUCAGCUGAGGUAGAGCCGUUUAUUCCCCAGAAGAAGAAUCCUGAUACAUUUAUGAUCCCUAUGGCUCUCCCAAAUGAUAAUGGAAGUGUUUCUGGUGUAGAACCAACUCCAAUUCCAAGCUAUCUGAUUACUUGUUAUCCAUUUGUGCAGGAAAAUCAGUCCAAUAGACAAUUUCCUUUAUAUAACAAUGAUAUACGAUGGCAACAGCCCAAUCCAAACCCCACUGGACCAUACCUUGCCUACCCCAUUAUAUCUGCUCAGCCACCUGUUUCGACAGAAUAUACAUAUUAUCAGCUGAUGCCAGCGCCAUGUGCCCAAGUUAUGGGUUUCUAUCAUCCUUUUCCUACACCUUACUCCAGCACCUUUCAAGCUGCAAAUACUGUAAAUGCUGUAACCACAGAAUGCACUGAGCGUCCAAGUCAGCUUGGACAGGUCUUCCCGUUGUCCAGUCACCGAAGCAGAAACUGUAAUAGAGGGCCAGUGGUACCAAAACAGCAGCUUUUACAACAGCACAUAAAAAGCAAAAGACCGCUGGUGAAAAAUGUAGCUACUCAGAAAGAAACAAAUGCAAUGGGUCCUGAUAAUCGAUCAAAAAUUGUGCUUUUGGUGGACGCUUCACAGCAAACUGAUUUUCCAUCGGAUAUUGCUAACAAGUCUCUCUCGGAGAGCACUGCCACAAUGCUGUGGAAGUCCAAAGGCAGAAGGAGAAGAGCAUCCCACCCCACUGCUGAGUCUUCCAGUGAGCAGGGCGCUAGUGAGGCUGACAUUGACAGUGAUAGUGGUUACUGUAGUCCCAAACACAGCAACAGCCAGCCUGCAGCAGGGGCUUUGAGAAACCCUGAGUCUGGGACUGUGAAUCAUGUGGAGUCAUCCGUCUGUGCAGGUGGUGUAAAUUGGUCCAGUGUAACCUGCCAGGCAACUCAGAAAAAACCUUGGAUGGAAAAAAAUCAAACAUUUUCUAGAAGUGGAAGGCAAACUGAACAAAGAAAUAAUUCACAGGUUGGAUUCAAAUGUCGAGGACAUAGUACUUCCUCAGAAAGAAGACAGAAUUUGCUGAAGAGACAAGAUAAUAAGCAUUUAAACUCUAGUCAGUCCCAUAGAAGUGACCCAAAUUCUGAAUCUUUAUAUUUUGAGGAUGAAGAUGGGUUUCAAGAACUAAAUGAGAAUGGAAAUACUAAGGAUGAGAAUAUUCAACAGAAACUCUCUUCAAAAGUAUUGGAUGAUUUACCAGAAAACUCACCAAUCAAUAUAGUUCAGACUCCAAUUCCUAUUACCACUUCAGUUCCUAAACGUGCAAAAAGUCAAAAGAAGAAAGCUUUAGCAGCAGCCCUUGCCACAGCACAAGAAUAUUCAGAAAUUAGUAUGGAGCAAAAAAAAUUACAGGAAGCUUUAUCAAAGGCAGCUGGAAAAAAGAACAAAACGCCCGUGCAGCUAGAUUUGGGAGACAUGUUAGCUGCUCUGGAAAAGCAGCAGCAAGCUAUGAAAGCACGGCAGAUUACUAAUACCAGACCUCUGUCAUAUACGGUGGUGACUGCAGCUUCUUUUCACCCUAAAGACUCAACUAACAGAAAAUCUUUCACCAAAAGUCAGCCCUGUGUGACAUCCUUUAAUUCUUUGGACAUUACUUCCUCUAAAGCAAAAAAAGGAAAGGAGAAAGAAAUAGCAAAACUAAAACGACCCACAGCACUUAAAAAGGUUAUUUUGAAAGAAAGAGAGGAAAAGAAGGGCCGUUUAACUGUGGACCACAAUCCUUUGGGAUCUGAGGAACCAACAGAAAUGCACUUAGGUUUUAUUGACGAUUUGCCACAGGAGAUUGUUUCCCAGGAAGAUACUGGACUGAGCAUGCCCAGUGAUACCUCACUAUCUCCUGCAAGUCAGAACUCUCCGUACUGUAUGACACCCGUGUCACAAGGCUCUCCUGCUAGUUCUGGGAUAGGCAGUCCAAUGGCAUCUUCAACAAUAACCAAAAUCCACAGCAAGAGAUUUAGAGAGUAUUGUAAUCAGGUUCUUUGUAAAGAGAUUGAUGAAUGUGUGACUCUUCUUCUCCAAGAACUUGUCAGUUUCCAGGAACGCAUCUAUCAAAAGGAUCCUGUGAGAGCAAAAGCAAGAAGACGGCUGGUUAUGGGUCUAAGGGAGGUUACCAAACAUAUGAAGUUAAACAAGAUCAAGUGUGUUAUAAUUUCUCCAAACUGUGAAAAAAUCCAAUCAAAGGGUGGCCUGGAUGAGGCUCUCUAUAAUGUUAUAGCCAUGGCACGAGAACAAGAAAUUCCUUUUGUGUUUGCUCUUGGAAGAAAAGCUCUAGGACGUUGUGUGAACAAGCUAGUUCCUGUUAGUGUAGUGGGAAUCUUCAACUACUUUGGUGCUGAGAACCUGUUUAAUAAGUUAGUCGAACUCACUGAGGAAGCCAGGAAAGCAUAUAAAGAUAUGGUUGCCGCGAUGGAGCAGGAGCAGGCUGAGGAGGCCUUAAAGAAUGUGAAAAAGGUACCACACCACAUGGGGCACUCUCGGAACCCCUCCGCAGCAAGUGCCAUCUCCUUCUGCAGUGUUAUUUCUGAGCCCAUCUCUGAAGUAAAUGAAAAGGAAUAUGAAACAAAUUGGAGAAACAUGGUGGAAACUUCAGAUGGACUGGAAACGUCAGAGAAUGAGAGGGAGGUUUCCUGUAAGCACAGCGCAUCUGAAAAACCCAGUACACUGCCAUUUGACACAAGCCCUGGUGGUAAGCAGCCGUCGUCAGUGGCUGCAGGCAGUACUACCUCAGCUACAAACCCUGGGAAAUCUGCAGCGAGCGAUAAAGAGGAAGUGAAGCCGGAUGACCUAGAAUGGGCCUCGCAGCAGAGUACAGAGACCGGCUCUUUAGAUGGCAGCUGCCGAGAUCUUCUGAAUUCCUCCAUCACCAGCACCACCAGCACUCUCGUACCUGGAAUGCUCGAGGAGGAAGAUGAUGAAGAUGAGGAGGAGGAGGAAGACUAUACUCAUGAACCUAUUUCUGUAGAAGUGCAGCUCAACAGUAGAAUUGAGUCCUGGGUCUCCGAGACACAGAGAACUAUGGAAACCCUGCAGCUUGGAAAAACCCUUAAUGGUUCUGAGGAAGAUAAUAUAGAGCAAAGUGGAGAAGAAGAAGUAGAGACACCCGAGGCACUGGAGCCGGGGAUGGACGGUGAGGCCUGGUCUGCAGACCAGCAAGCCAGUCCAGAGCAGCAAAAGCGGAAGCCCAGCAAGAGCAGCUCCGUGAACAGAGAGCACUUGGAUUUUGAUUCUUCACCCCAAAAUACGUGACUCAGGAAGCGUCGGCUAUCUCCAGUUGUGUAAGGGUUGCAGCCAUUACCUUUUAUGCUUCAUCUCAACAUUUUGCACUGUCUAGUGUCUAAUAUAUGUGUUUAAUUCCUGAUAACUAUUUUUGUAGCUUUUACCUGUUUUGUUACGAUCUAUAGCUUAGCUUUUAAUUAGCAUCUAAGUGUCUUUCUAGGAACUGUGUGGAAAAUUCAGAUCUGUUUCAGCUUAUUUUGUAAUAGAAGAUAAUGAUUAAAAAAGAGGACUAGGUUUUAAAGUAAAUAAGUUUAAAACUGCCUAUUUAAAGUCAUUUUGAAAGCUAAAGAUCAGGGUUGUAAAAGGAUAGAAGCAGUCACCAAUAUGCCAUCUUCAUUCUGACUUGUCUGACCUAAAAGUUGUGGAGGCUUCUUUAAAAAAGAACUGAUGGUCAAGUCAGAAAACUAAACAAAAAACUGAGGGGAACCAAGUCCCACAAAGUAUUUCAUGCUUAAAAAACAAACAAACAAAAAAAAAGCUUGGCGCAAGUUUUAUUUGGUUCACACUUGCUUGUUUCAGAGGUCGCUGGAGACUGUAGUCCAUUAAAGUUGGGAUAGGCUAGAGCAGAGCCUCCAGACCUUUGGCCAGCAGUGGAGCCUUCGUGGUAGAUGGGAGCUAGCUGGCGCCACUCAUGGAAAGCAAUGGAUGCUGUCUGUCACAGUGAACAGUCACUCAGGAUGGGACCUGCCAGACUCUUGUCUCACGUUUGCUUCUCACUUACCUCAGGAAUGCUCUUGUACAUAGUCUUAUUUACAUGAAGUUAGGCAAAGCUUGACAGGUGAAUAACUGUAACCAGUUGUAUGACUGCAGCACUUACAUGUAAACUAUCCAGAAACAAAGUCUUAUACUGGUGUGUUCUUUUGCAUGCUUCUGGUUCAGGGCCCUCUUGAUGUGAGAUACAGAUUUGAUUGAGUCUCCAAACUUGUCUUGAGUGCAAAACCAGUUCUCUUUUUUAAAAUAUAUAUUUUGCGCCUAGCCUUGAGCUCCUUUCACAUUAUAAUGACCAUAGUUCCUGACAGAAAGUCAGGGAAAGGAAUUUUGCACAACUUUUAACAUGAAUCCUAAUAAUCAAGGCUUAGAAGAAGAAGGUUGAGAAGCAAAGAGAAAGUUGUCUAAUUGUGGUGAAAGUAUUAGAUUUAGAGUAUACAGAUAUAUGCAGAUAUUAAUUCUUUAUUCACUAUUAUUUAUCUCUAUCCUUCUCUAGGAAUGUAUAUACCUGUUUGGGAGGAAUUAAACUUACUGAGCUAGAUGUUUUAUUUCCUAGUUAGUCACCACCUGGACUUUAGUGAUCUACCUAAGUUUAUGUAGUGGUGGAAGAGUUAUAAAUUAUUUUCUGUUUUCCCUCCAACUCUCCCUUUUCCCCAACAGCUCUCUACCCCUUCCCACACCCCCCUUCACCCCAAACCCCCCAACGCACAUACCAGCUUCCCACAUACAAGCUCCCAUAAGCAGGCACAAAAAGGAGGAGGGAGGGGUAUGCUCCCUGCCCUGGUUAUAUGGGGCAGGGCUUUGCCUCACAGAGGCAGGAAAGACGUUGGAAGAUUCUUUACUGAAAUCCUUGGGACUACUGUGCUAGUUUUGAUGUUUUAUACUGCAGACAUUUAAUUACUGGAGAAAUUGGAUUCUUGGUUGAUGAUGAUUUAGUAUUUGUGGAUUGUGAAAGUUUAGGAGCAUAGCUGUGUAGAAAAUGUCAGCGUAUCAACUUUAUCAGUGUGCCGAGAAGGGGACAUUAUUACACUGUCCUGUCUAAACUGUUCUCCACUUCUUACUUCCUGGGCACCAGUUAUCUAAUACUUGAGGGGACACAGCAUGUAAGGAAUGAAGCCUCUGAAGUAGUGAUCAUAGAUUUAUAUAUGGCAGAUCUUACAGUCUGUACAUUUGGAAGUAUUAGUUUAAAGAAAUGAUAGACGUUUUGAACUACUGACAAUCUUUAAAAUAAAUUUUAAAACUUUUCAUACUUUUUAUGAUGUAAAUUUCCUUUGCUCGAUGUCAGUGAUUCAGAUAACUCUUGAUCUUGAGGUAAUGGCUUUUCAAAAGUUUCUUAUAUUUUAUAUCUCUUCUGAACAUGAAUGGCCAUUUUAGAUUUUUGACAUUUGUAUCAAAAAGAGAAGUUGAGGAAAUCUUCAGAACACCAACACUGUUUACUCUGCUGUAGACUUCAGAUUCAGUGUGUUCAAUCAAUGUUUUCCCACCUGCAGUACCUCUUCUGCCAGCAAAUCCAAGGGACCACAGCCUUUUUUGUAUGAGACCGGUCAGCUGUAGAGCACAGCCCAAGAUUUACUAAAGGAAGUGCUACUGUGUUGAAAGUGUGCUUAAAUAAGUAUUAAUAAUAAUGUCUUUAUAAUUUGUUUCCUUUAGAUAAAUUUUGGAAUUUGUGUAUAUUGAAUUACAGGCUUUGGAGAGGCAUGAAAAUUAGGAAAUUUUUUUGGCUUGUUUUUGCAAGUGGGUGUAGUGGGCUCUUUGGAGACCCAGGAAGAGAUUCGGUGGUAAGAGUAAGGUAUCAUCAUCACAAGAAAUAAAAAGCAUAGUGAUUUUUUUCUUAGUCUAUAGAGAUUGUUUUACUGGCAAUAAUUAAUACUAGAUUUCUAUUUUAGCACAUAAGUAUGCAAAUUACAAUAUAAAUUACACCCCCAAAAUUAGAUUUCUGCUUCAGUAGGUUUGUUUGUUGUGAAGAUUACUUCUCAAGACAAAUGUUCAUAUUAGCUUAAUUUUCGGUUUAAUGUUUGUAAAUGAUGUAAUAUAUUUCUUUUGACUAAACAUGGGAAAAUAACGUGUGUUAUACAUUGAAAAGUUUUUACAGGCUUUGACUGGAGGUCAUUUUUUGCAGAGAUGGUAUUUUAUAUGCUUCCAGUAUUUAGAAAAGAAUUAGUCAAAAGGAAUUCACAUAGUUUAAAUAUUGAGAAAUUAAUAUCCAAAUAAUAUACUUGUCUGAUUUCUUAAUAAGCUAGGGGAGGUGGGUGGGAUGGGAAUUGUAAUGUGCAAACGAGUAGUAAACUCCAUAUUCAUUUUCAACUCUUUAACGUGAAAUCACUCAAUCUUAACAAUGGUUACUUUAAUAUAUGUAUAAAGAAGUAUUACUGUUUCUAAGGCUGCUGUUUGCUUUAAAAAAAAAAACAAGCCCUUGUCAUGUAAGUAUUUUCUGUACAUUGUGCCAACAGGUUAGAAUAUUAAUCCAUAUGAAAACUCUGUUAACUGUUUUUGAUUUGAAGAAUUAUCUCUGAAAUAAUUUAUUUACAGACAUCCUCCUCUUCCCUUGUCCCUCGCACCCUUUACAUACAUCACAGAAUCAACCAAAUUGUUUGUCUAGGCCGAAUCCUAAUGACAAAAAUUUUAACUUUGUUGGCACAUCCCACCUUAAAAGUAUUUGUAUUAUUUUGUAAUUUAAUUUCUAAAUAGAUCAUAUGAAUUUAUAAUUUAAUAUCUUCAUUGUAAUGUUCUAAUAAAAAACUAGUAAAAUUAGUGUGAGUUAUGACAUGAAGGGAUUUUCAUCUUGUUAGUUCUUUUGCUCUAUGAAGGAUAAUUGUUAUUUCACAUUUGGGGGGUAACAACAGCUUUUUUUGCACUAUGUAAAUACCAGUGGGGAUUCUUCUGUACUAAUAAAAUGAUUAUUGAAAAGUAA